AUGUGGAGCAGCGGAUAUCUGCUAAUAGCAAAAAAGUGUGCUUGGGCUUUGGGUGGUCAAAGGGAAGGCAGUGAACUGAACAUGUGUAUCCCUCUUUGCUUUCAGCUCAAGUGCAACAUGUUGGCUCUGUGUGUUUUUUGGUUCUUGCUGUGGAGCCAUGUGGUAGGGGCGCCCAAAAAGCAGCUAGAGCCUGCAGAAAGGCUGUGGGUUCAAUUGCAAAAAGAUUCCAAAGAGACAAAGAAGAAAGCAGGAAAGACAGUGGGAAAUAGAUUGACAAAAUUAUAUAAGGAAAACAAACUGCCAGCUUCAGAUGUCUCUGAGCUGCUUCAAGCUGCAGAUGAAGCUGGCCUGGAAUUUUCAAAUCCAAUUCCCAAAAAGCGGAAAUUUGAGCCUGGUAAGGCUCCUGAGCUUGGAGAGGCAGAGCCUGAAGAAGGCUGCAGGGACAAGAAUGCUGCAAGAAGCCUGGACAGAUUCCUGCGAAAGAAUCAUACUUGGAAGGAUUUGUAUUGGGCAAAGAUUCCUAUGAAGAAUCCCAAGAAAAAAGCAAAUGAUAUGGAGGAAAAGUGGAUGCCAUUCUUGCUGCCCCAUGAGUGGCUCCCAGAUUAUUUCCUUCAAAGCAGUCCCUGGCAGGAAGGCAUGCCUGAAGAAGGCAGUUUUUGUUGGCCAGCAGGCAAAUUCCCCAGGGCCAGGCAUGAGCCUGGAAAAGCAGCUCUUGCCCAAAUCCGCUCUGAUUGGGAUUGGAAUUGCAAAUAUUUCCAUGCCCCGCAGUGGAACGAACAGAAAGGCAUGUGCUGGCUUUGCAAGGCCAAGCCGGAAAAUUGGAGGGAGAUGACCACAUGCCCUGCCUGGGAAAGGCAAGAGCAGAGCCUGGACAAGGCUGAAUACCUUCACUUUUUGGCUGACAGAGAAAAGGAAGCGAAUCCAUUAUUCAUUUUGCCAAGUGCCAGCAAUGACACUAUGGUGCCUGAUUGGAUGCAUGUCCUUGAUGAAGGCACAGGUGCUCUGGCAGCUGUGCAAAUUCUGAAGGAGCUGCUUCCCUUGUAUCCUGGAGCCCAUGUGGAUGAAAGGGUGUCCCAGCUGUGGGAGCACAUCCAAAUUCUUUAUGAGGAGCAGCACUGGCCACAGGACAAGAGGCUGAAGAAAUUAACUUUGAAAGACAUCGUCAAGCCCAAAAAGGUACCAGAGUUGGAUGGCAAGGCCCAUGAGGUCAGGCAUUUGUGCCCUUUGCUGGAGUGCCUGUGUAAGGCAAAAGGCUUGCAUGAAGGCAGUGUGCAUCAAAAGGCUGUGUACAAAGUGGCAAAGUAUUGCAGCAAAAUGUACAAGUGCCUGGAGGAAGGCAACCUACUAGAGCUUGAGAAGGCUGGAAGAAAAUUUGUGAGCCAGUAUAUGGCUUUGGAGGCUGAAGCUACUUCUGCGGAUGAAUCUGAAGUGAAGCUAUGGCGAUCCAAACCCAAAUUCCAUGUGACCAGCCACAUACUGGAUCUAGUGUCCUUGGGGCACAACCCAAAGCAUUCUUGGAACUACCGAGAUGAAACAUUUGCAGGAUGUAUGCAGAAGCUCUCCUUCAGAAGGGGUGGCAAAUUUGAGCCAGGAAUGGCUGCAGAAAAACUUUUGCUGAGAUGGAUGGCUGACAUACCAUUUUUACAUUUUGCAGCAGCCAUCCAGCUCUUCCAGGAGCCU